UCCGGGGCCGCUCGGGUUUCCCGCGCGGAGCGGGGGAGCGGGGAAGAGUUUGAGCGGCGGCCCGUUGGCUGAGGGCACUUCCGGACGGCGCAGCUCCGUGGUGGCAGUGGGACCCCCCAGGCAUCCCUCAGCAGUUUAACACCUUCACCGUCCUUUGGGAAGCAAGAGCUUGGAGUGCCAUCUCUGAGUUUAGACCUCCAACCUCAGCAUCCUGAUCUGGUGCCACCUUCGGGAGGAUGAAUCAGGACAGUGACUCAAGUGAUCAGCCCAUGGGCCAGGACCCACUCCUAUUGCUGAAAACCCUUCAGCUUCUCUGGACAAAGCAAGAGCUGAGGAAGCAGCUCAAGGAAGAAAUCAGGCGGGGCUUUGCCGGACUGGAGGACCCUUUGGCAGGACUCCUGGCCAUGCUGGAGAACAGCAGUGAUUGGAAGGGGAAAGGGCAUUCCCUGGGGUAUUACAUCACCACAGAGCUGCAGCUUUGGAUAGAAGAGCAUCCUGCUGUUCCACAGUCUGGCAUUGAGCUGAAGAAGCUGCGCCGUGUGCUCAGAAUCCUCUCCCAGUGCCCAGCUAAUCUGCUUGACCCCCUGAUCAGCAUUUACCAGCUCCACACAGCAGACCGGAACUAUUUGCUUGAACAUGUCAGUCAUCUUUAUCUCAAGGGCGAUUACAAAGAGGCAGCCAUACUGAGUAUUAAGCUGAAAUUACAGCCAGAUCAAGAUGUGGAGAAGAUGUGCAUCCCACUGCUGCUCCAGGAUAAAGCCAAUGUGGUGGAAGAUUAUGUGGGAGAAUAUCCUGAGCUCCAGAGCAAGCUCCUGCAGAUCCUGGACUCGUGGUUGUGAACCUGGUGUCACAUCAGAGACAUCACAAGACCAUAUCAAGGCCUGUCCAGAUACAAACCAGAAAAAAUUAACCACAGAACACUCAGCAAGCUGGUCUUCAGGCUCCUGGACCGAUUCCAUGUAGAUCCAGCCCUCUGCCCUAAUGUCGUAAAUCAGCGGCACUUGAGAACCCUGAACUACCUCUUUUACAAGAGAUUUGUUGAGAAAACUAUGACUGAGGAGAACUGGGCAGAUCACGUUCAGAGCACAGCUGGGGACAGUCGCUGUCUCCAAGGGCACCUGGUGCGGCUGCUGCUCCGGCACUGCCCCGGGCGCGCGGCGCGGUGGGCGCGGCACUGGGGGCUGCCCGCGGACGUGCUGCCUCCCGGCCUGGCUGAGGAGCUGCCAGAGCUUCACACCCAACAGAGGGUAGAAGAGGCCACAAAAGCAGAUAAUUAUGAAGACAGUAAGAAGAAGGACUGUUACCAGCUUCCUAUUCCACGGGAAAAUAUUCACUUCCUGCAGACAUGGGAAGAGACACUGCAGUGCUGGGAGAAGGUGCUGCAGCCUGGGCAGGUUGUUGGCGUUGACAUGGAGUGGAAGCCUUCCUUUGGCAUGGUGGGGAAGCCCCGUGUUGCCCUCCUCCAGAUGGCAGUGAAGGAUGAGGUGUUCCUGUUGGACCUGCCACGGCUCCUCGAGCAAGCUGAGCUGGAAGGGGAGAAGGAGAAGCUCCCCCAAUUCAUCCAGAUGCUCUAUUCAGAUGCUGCCAUCAUUAAACUAGGCUAUGGGAUGUCUGGAGACCUCAGCAGCCUUGCAGCCACAUGUUCUGCUCUGAAGGACAUGGAGAAGCAACUGCAUUGUGUGGUGGAUCUACUCGCAGUGGACAAACAACUGCAGAAGGGCUGCAGUGAGUGGAGGAAGGACAGCCGGAAGGUUGAUGGACUGUCCCCGGAGCACAGCCACGAGGAGAGAGGGGUCAGGCAGCAGGAGAAGGGACUCAGCCUCCUGGUGCACCAUGUGCUGGGGAAACCUCUGGAUAAAACGGAGCAGCUGUCAAACUGGGAGAAGCGGCCUCUCCGGGAGGAGCAGAUCCUCUAUGCAGCCUCCGACGCCUACUGUUUGCUGGAGAUCUACGAGAGGCUCUGCAGGGACCCAGAGAGCUUUGGGCUGAGCUCAGACCUGAUGGAGAGUCUGGUGGGAAAACGGAGCAUAAAACCCAGGGCAAAGAAGCAGCUGAAUAAACAAGAACCGCUGUCACCUUCUGGACAGCAAUGCCAAGGAUCCCAGAUGGAGACCUCCUGUGCCCCUGCCCCUGUGUCCCCCAAGGAGUUCAGCGUGGUCUGUGACAACAUGCUGCAGGGCCUCGGGCGCUACCUGCGCUGCCUGGGUGUGGAUGUCCGGAUGCUGGACAACAAGGAUGACCACAGGAAAGCUGCUGAGAUUGCCCGGCAGGAAGGAAGAGUCAUUUUAACCUCUGGACUCCCAUAUCAGACUCUGCAGUCCCAGGUGGGAGAAGGAAGGUGUUUCUCUGUGAACUGCUCAGAAAAGGCGAAAGAACAGGCCCUGCAGGUUCUGAAGCACUUCAACGUCCAGGUGUCCCUGAGCGAUAUCUUCAGCCGCUGCCAGGUGUGCAACUGCAACAAGUAUCUGAAGGUGUCCCGGGAGAGGAUGAGGCAGCUGGUGGAGGGCAGCAGGCAGGUGUCGCAGGAGCCCAGUGCAGUCUGCCCAGGGAGCCAGCUGUGCGAUGUCGCCGUGCCAGCCCAUGACACAGCCCAGCCCGGCUGCACCACGCACGGAGAGCAGCCAGAGGAGCUGGAGCAGCGAGGGGCAGAUGCAGUGCUGGGGGGAGGCACAGUCCUGCAGGUCGGUGCCAUCCCCCCCGGGGUGCUGGACAGAGCUGAGCUCACCGACUUCUACUGCUGCUCCUGCUGUGGGAAGGUGUUUUGGGAGGGGUACCAUUUUGGACGUGUCGUCUCCCAGUUUCGGGAUGUUCUUAUGGCCUCGGGGGAUGCACAAAGCAUCUAUGAGCUGAGCUGAGGGGGGAUGGAGGGGCUUGAUGGUGAGACAGGGAACUAUGCAAGAAACCUCAGCGGAUUUUGGGCCAUGGGUUUGCAGUAAGAGGCUGGAAGCAGGGGGGCUCUUGUUUUGGGAUCCACCAUGGAGCACUGUCACAGUUGCACUUAUGGUUUGCAACAGCCAAAAAACACAUGGCCUCCAUGUGAUCAUUAAAGCAGAGGUAGCCAGGGAAUUAACCCUUUGCUUUAUUUUUGCCCCUCUCCAGGCUGGGCAUGGCAAGAGGGUAGCAGAGCUCUCCAAACCAAAAUCACCACCCCAGCAGUGCUGACCCCAUGGCAUCCUCGCACCAGUGCCCCUCUGCCUGGUCACUCAUGGUGGGGACCCAGGAGCUGCGUCCCCAACAGCAGCACAGGGGAGAGCAUCUCCAGUGCCUGGAGUGCUCCCAGCCUGUGGGACAUGUGCCACACCACAACCAGUAUCCUGCUCACCCUGAUCCUGUUCUCCCAGCAUUCCUCAGAGGUGAUCAGUAGGUGCAGGAGUCCUGGGGGGCUGAGCACUUCUGGGGUCAGGGAAAUCUCUGGGUGCACCACGAUACCCACUGGCAUCCACAUCCGCCUGUGCUGGGAUCUGAGAUGCCCCAGCAGGGCCGGGCUGGUCCUGGGGGGUCCCAGUGGUGCCAAAGCUAUAGCCACCUGCCUCCCUGGGGUGGUCCCUCAGGACAUCCACGUGCCUGAGGCUCUGUGUGGAAGCAGCAGGACUGGCAGUGAGGCGUGUGGUCCCACCACCUCCAGCAACCAGUGUCACUGGUGGUACUGGCCAGCACCCAGAGGAGGCUGCACAAGCUGUGGAGAUCCCAGGAGAGGCGAGGAGUCCAGGCAGGCCUGUCCAAAGCUCCAGGCACUUCUGUUGGGUGCCUCCAGAUCCAGGGCCAGGCUCACACCACUUCACCCUGCAACAGAGGACUGUUUGCAAAACUUCCCUUCUAAUCCAGGUUAACUUCCAGGCCCUGCUGUUAUUGCUGAGAGGUCCUGAGGAGCUCUUGGCUGAGGUGUGACAUUUUUGGGCCAGGGAAGCACCUGCACUGCAGGACUCACUUUCCCUCCUCCAGAGCUCCUGGUCACACAGUGCCAGGGGGUCCUUGCCCCCCCAGGGGACAUCUCACGCUCCAGCUCAACGCUUUAAGAAGAAAAAAUAAUUUUUCCACUUUAAAUAUCUCUCUUUCCACAAGACCCUGACUGAGCAUUAAUUAAGUGACCCUGAAAUGUGACUGUACGUACACUGUGCCCAUCCUCACUCCCUAGUGGUCCUAGGUGAGUCCUGACCAUGGACAUGACCCUCUGGUGACACUUUCCAUGGCCACAGUAUGUCAUUUUGUCCCUGUUUCCAUCAGAAGAUGGCAGAUAACCCCUGUGCCCACCCCACUGUCCCCAUCUACCUCACAACCCUGCCACCCGCUGCCCCUUGAUUGCUGCCAUGGAGCUUCAUCCCUGUCAAGUGGAAGCAUAAAAUAACAGCAUCUCCUUCACCAGUGAUGAACAAAGUCGAGGUGGACAUCAGUGUCACUGUGACAGAGGAGUUGUCACCACCUCAGCAUGCACCACUGGCCCUGCACAUGAAAGGUUUGGACCCAUUUUGGGAGGACAGGGAUGCUAAGCCUGGCCCCUUCCCAUUGGGACGCACAGGGGUGAGAGUCAGCUACAAGAUCUGUGUUUCCCAGGAGAUUUGGGGGGGGUUAUUCCCUCUUUCCCUACACUUGGCUGGCAGAACUUGGAGAGAAAGCCUCCUCCAUGGCUGAGAAUCACCAUCAUCAUCAUCACAGCAGCGUCUACCAGGGAGUAGUCAUGUGUCAGCAAGAGUCCCAGCCUCAGCCACUGCUCUGCCCGUGGAGUGAUAGACAUAGGGAUCACACCUCCUGCUGCCAAGGCUUUGGCUGUGUGGGGGUGCUGGGUUUGAGAAAUUUCUUAAAAGGCUCCAUCUGCUCUCCUCUCCUUUUCCUCUCCUCUCCUCCCCUUCCCAUACAGUCACAGACAAGGAAAGCCACGUCUGUUCCCUCUGAUCCCCUGGCCCUGGGGUAGGGUCUGGCCCCAUGGAGCCCCCACAGCCCAGCCUUGCCAUGGCACUGCCCAGGUGCCCCAGGACCAUUCAUUGUCCCAGGCCAGUGGGUGCCCAGCACUGGAGCUCACCAGCCAAAACCAGUCUUUGAGCAAAACCUUCCCUCACCACCACCUUCAUCCCUCCUUUCCUAUCUCUCUUAGUUUAUGCUGGAGAUGGCUGCUGCUCCUAGAGAUGGGCAGAAGAAAAACAGGGAUUUUCCCACUUGACUGGAGGCUCCUGGACCCUGGCACACCUUCCUGAAUGUGCACUGACACCUCCAGCCAUGGGGAUUAUUUCUCCUAACGGGAUUAAAAUGCCUGCUGCUCAUCUUGUCCUCCAUGGCUGUCAUUGUUCCAUCCACUCUUUCCAUUUUUUUGUCUUCUCAGCUGUCUACAUUUUUUGCACAGAAUCUUGAAGCAAUUGUCUUUCACUUCCUGGUUUUCCAGUCCUGUGCUCUCUUGGUGUUAAUGUGUUUUUCUUAAUUCCCUCUUCAUCUAAAAUGGAAAUUUCCCCUUCACUUUUACCCCCAGGUCAUUUUUGUCAUGUUUCUGGUACAACAGCUUUGGGCCAGGCAGUAACAGCAGGGGACAAACUGGCACCAUCGCAUGUACCUGGCCUGGUAUGCUGGCAACUGCUUGUAGGCCUUCUGGUCCUGGAAAACUGGCACAUGGAGGGACCAAAUAUCUGCUCUGUUGGUGAUGUUACAGUUGGCUGGAGACACAGACCCUGGUUUUAUGUGCCUUGGACCAACCUCCACACUUCUGGGCCACAAUUACCUUGUCCUGAACCAUCAGGGUGAGCUCCAGGACUGAAUCCCGUGUGAAAGCAGAGCUUUGGCACUAGGAAACAGCACUCAUGAUAACAGGUUUUCUGCUUCUAUGUCAUGGGCAGAUGUUUACAAAUUGUCCCCAAUUCCUAAUGGCAGCAUGGGGCAGCUGAGGUCCCUCUGGCCUGAGUUGUAUUUGGUGCUGUGACAUGACAGUGACCUUGCUUGGACAUGGACACACUUGGAUGGAGCUGCUCCCAGUACGCCAGCUGUAAUCUCAGCAGUAUAGGCCAUGGCAUAUGUUCUCAUCCAUCUGUGCCACCGACCCUGAAGCUCUCCAUCUCUGCAUUUCUCCAUCUCUCUGUCCCUCCCCAUCCCAGCUCAGGGGCCUGAAGGCUGCCUGAGGCUGCCACUACAGUGUUCUCCUUUAAGCCCUUCCCAGAUUCCUCAAAUGUCCGGCCUGGGUGGCAGGAGUACGUGGGAUCCCUGCUGAGGAAUCCUCAGCACCCACCUGAGGCAGCCACUGCCCAAUGAUUGCAGAUGCUGUAUCUGGCCCCUCAAGGACAUCCUGCCACUCUCAGCCUUGGGCUGGUGCUCUGGCUCUGGGAGUUUUGCUGUUGUCCCUGUGUGUCCAGGUGAUCUGUUCAAUGCCUGGAAGCAGGAUGUUCUUAGGUUCAGGUUCAGAACCCUGAUGCUCUGCCAAACAUUGGCUCCUCCAGUGCAUAGGCCACCUUCCUCCUGGAUGCCACUGGAGUUGCCAUGUCCCUAUGGACCACCAAACCCCCAGCUCCCUGGAGCAUGUGGGGACCUUGAAGAGUGUCCUGUGAGCAGGGGGUGAACGAGGCUCAUGCUUUGCCAGCAGCCCCUCUAUGCCAGCCACUGGUGAGAGGGACCAGUGGGGUCACUGCAGACGGUGAGCGAGGGACUGCCCACACCAGAGGCUGAGCUGCCGAGCCCCCUGGGCUCCAUGCAGACUCAGCCAUGUGUCAGCAUCCUGCUUCUUCAGGAGUUGUUCUGGGAUGGCAGAAACUGAGGAUAAGGCAAAGUAGGAAUGAUCAGAGCCUCCCGUUGCUGGCCCGUGUGGUGAGUGGUGCUUUGUCAUGCUGUGAAAUGUUCAUCCAGAGUGGGACGAACCUCUCCAGAAUGGGAUGAACCUGUCCAGACCCCAUGUGGAGGAAGCUGCUGAGUCACAUGGACAUCUGACCACCCAUGGGCACUUCUGGCCUUUGCUUGCUGGGUUUUCCAGAGCUGUGGUUUCAUAUCUGUCUGCCACCCCUUUCACUGCAGAGGGGAACUGGUGGGAAACAGGGACACAUGGCCCUGUCCCUCACCUGGGGACAGCUGCCUAGAAGAAUCCUUUCCCUUCUGAACCCUGGGGACAGUAGGGUCAUGUCCUUGACACCUCCCGGACUUUAUCUGCCUGCCAGCUCCAUCGAUUUUGGGGAGAGCUUUUGUGUUUACAGCCAGGGCUGUGCUAGGGCAAGGUCACCACUGUGGGACUUUUUUUAGGAGACCAACCCAGGGCAGACACCAGCAGGUCAUGUGUACCUGUGGACGUGGCAUGAAACAGCUCCCAGAGGAUCCCAUCCAGCUCCUGGGGGCAGGGGUGGCAGCUGUGACUCAGCACAGCACCUCUCCCUUCCUGCUGCCCACAGGAGGUGAUGCCGUGGUGGGAUCUGUGCAGCAAGGUCACCUCCAGUCAUAGACACAGUCAACAGCAAAUUCCACAUCCGAUCAGCCUUGAGGAGCAUCCAGGAAGUAAUAAAUUGUCCAGUUUUGAAUGGUGGAUACAGAUCAAAGGGAAUUAAAGGAGCCUUUUAAUCACCC